UAGGGCUCAGCUCGGGGCUCAGAGGCUCCCCGCCCCAUGCUACAAAUUGCCAUCAGUGUGAGCAAUGCGACGGAGUCCUCGCAAAGAACUCUCCUUUUGGGAGGUGGUGGCCACCCCCGAUGUCACUCCCCACCCCGGUUGGUUUGCGGUGAAUUCCAGCACUGUGAUGUGCAAUGAUGUCCAUCAGCAGAGAUUGUGCAGAGCUGAUGCCACCUAGUGCUGCCGUGCAUCCAGCCGUGGUGCCGGAUGGGGCCGAGUGCGGCCUCUGAGCAUCAGGAGUUCUGUGCUCGGAAGAGCGAUGAGAAAGAAGCUCAUUGAAAAUGUUUGGGAAUUGCAUCUCCAGGCACAGGCUUGCUCUCUGGGGAUGCAAACAGAGCGUGACCUUGCUGUCGCAGAGCUCUGCAGGCGGCGAUGCGGGCGGGUGCUGAUGUUUGUCUCUGUCCCUCAUCGCUCCUCCAGGUGCACAGCUUCACUCAGCCCAAACCACGUCCACCACUGUGGAUGGAGGGGAUGAGCUCUGAUCCUCACUCGGUGUGGGGUGACUGCGCUGUCCCAUCGGCCUGGUGUCUGAGCAGCCCUGAUGUGAUACUCAUUGCGCUCUUGUGGACUUAGAGAAAUGAAACCUUAAUUCCUCUUUGCUCUUGUGGUUUCCUGGAGCACGGGGUAAUUGCUAUCCCAAGCGUUGCCAAAGCUGCGGUCUCUGAGUAAUUGGAGUGUGAGCUGAUCUUGUUCUGAUUAGGGCUUGGCUGAGGCCAGCGUGUGCGCGGGGCCGUGGGGAGAGGUGCGUGCGUGGGGCUCGGUGGUGCAGAGCGAACGGCCGCCGCCAUCAUCUCAGCGCUUUGGUUCCUUCCCAUUGCUUCAGUGCCAGGUCAGGGCCUGCUGGGCCGGGGUUCUGCCAGCGCACAGCCCUGGGAGCCCACAGUGUGAGGAGCUGUGGGCACAGCCCGUGUGUGCCGGGCUCUCACGCUGCACGCAGAGCACUUUUUCUCCGAACGGAACAGGAAGCCGUUUGCAGCAACCGCAGUCACCGUGCCCAGCACCGCUCAGCAGCUCCCAGGACCCUGCAGUGGGCGGUUUGGGGUGCACAACCCCAGGAGGGGCGGUCGGAGCCCCACAGCCCCAUCCCCUGCCAUAGGGCCACCAUCGAAGGAGCAGCGGUAUGGGCGCGGCGGUUUUGUUUGCGCCUUCGGAAAGGGGAAGCGGUGAAGUGGUGCAGCCCGAGGCCCCCGCGAGCCGCCCGGCGGUGUGGAUCUUCCUUCCUGAAUGAGGGGCUGCUGCUCGCGGUGCACCUGCAGGAUCCGGGCUGCGGGGUGCGGCUGUGCUGUGCGAGGACAUUGCUGGAGAUGCCCGCGGCCCUCCGGGUGAGUUGCUGCCCUCCAGGGUGUGUUGUGUGAGCUCCAUCUCAGGGUUGUCGCUCGGCUUCCUCAAGGCUCUGUGCGGAAGCAGCUUCACCCCAGCGCUGGGAGUUGGGGUUUAACCCAUAGGGUGUCCUCCCGGUUCCCUUUGGGCAGCACUGGGCUCUGAGCCCCCUGUGGCUGUGCCCCCAAGUGAUGGGUGGAUCCCUGCUAAAGCUGCAUGGGAGGCGAUGCUUUGGGGUUUGCAGCUGGGUGGGGAAAUGCUCUUUGCCAUCCUCCUCUGUGUGACACCAUCACAGAGCAGGCCCCAGAGGCUCUGCUCUGCAAGGCUGCAAUCUGCGCAGCAGGAGAGAGUCCUGCAGGCCAGCAGCAGCACAAGGGUGAAACCGGGCUCUGCCUGCACAGUGAGGGGUUGGGAGCAGAGCCUGGAGCCAGUCUGUCCUGGGGGAGCUGAUGGCAAUGGGGCUCAGACAUGGCCAGGUGGGAACUUGGUGUCUGGGGGCAGUUUGGAGAUGGCUCCCACUGAACCUCAGAGUGGUCCCAGAUGACAGGGUGGUGCAGGGAGCUCGGGGCAGGUUUGGGUGAGCAUGUUCUGCUUCCAUCCUGCAUCCAUCAACCAGCUCUCCGGGGCUGUGUGUGCCGUGGGGUCACCAAUCCUCAGUCCUUGCUGCAGGAAGUCCCAGAGCUGUCACACAGGUGGGAACGCCGGAGAGCCGGAAUUUCUCUCUGGCUGCAGCUCCCAUCAGCUGAUACUUCUGACAAAACACUUGGCUGCUCCACUCCCCCCUUGGCAGCCCCUGGGCUGCAGCUUGCAGCGCUGCCUUAGACUUGCACCGAGCUCCGCUGUGCUCUGUGCCGUCCUCUCCGGCUCAGGGCUGUCCAUUCGUGGGGCUCAGGGGGUGCCCCAAUGUCGGACUCACUGCUCAACCACUCCUGGCCGUCGUUCUCCAAGCGCUGGAAGAAGCGGUGGUCCUUUAAGCGAGGUAACAGCGUGUGUGUGGGGAGCGAGGGCUGAGCCGAGCGGGGCGGAGGGGACAGCAGGGAGCUCGGGGUCCCCCCAGCGCCGGUGCCCACUGCUCCUCUCUGCGGGGCCACUGCUUACGUGUCAGUUUCUGCCGAUCCUUCCGCUACGUAUCCUCCUCAAGGCACGUCAAUGCCUUUAUGCGCUGGCUAAUGGGUUAAAUAUCAGUCUUCUGGUUUUGUAAUAAAUACGUUUUGUUGCUGCCAGCGAGCCGGAGGUCCCAGAGCCUGCAGGCAGCUGUCUGCGUGCUGCCGGCCGAGGGCUGAGCCUCGUGUUGUGUGCUCAGAGUUUGGUGUCCCAGGAGAUUUUGGGCAAAGUGCUCCUUCAGCCUCAGAGUGGGCUGGGGAGCAGAGCCCUGUGUCCAGGGCUUGGGCCAGGUCAUGGCGGCCCUUGGGAUGGGAAAUCCAGUGGUGGUGUGAGCUGGCCUCAUUGCUGUGCAGAGCUGCAACUUGGAAAGGGAGAGGGGAGAGCCCCAGAACAGGAGAUGUCCGUGGUCCCAGAGGAGCUGGACACUGUCAUUCUCACUGCAAACUGUGCCCUGGGCCCAACACUUUUGGGUACGGUUAUCUGUGUGGCAUUAGAGCUUGAGAUACACAUCAGUGCUUUUCUCCCCCCUCAAUCUCCUCUCCCUUUGUGGAUGUGCAGAAGAACCUGGUCUGAGCUGCCUGGUUUGGAGCAGGAGAGCCCCCAGCCCUGCACUGGGGCACUCCACACCGUGCUGGGCUCACUGCAAAGGCUCAACCAGGCCCCCUGUGCAAAAUACAUCAGCCUCAGUGCCCACAAGUACCGACUGCUCUGAGAAGCAUCCCCAGCGCACAGCUGUCCUGAGCUCAGUGCAGGGCAGUACCAUGGCCCAGGGAGUAUCGGAGGCUGCAAACCCCUCUCAGCCCUGCUGAGCCCCCCUAGCUGCCUCCCCACUUGCUUGGCCCCGCGUGCCCGGAGCACCAGGUCCCAAAGGUAGCGAUAAGGCUCUUGCUGUGCAGCAUGCUGCAGCAUUGGACAGCUUAUCUUCUCCCCUCCUUCAGCCCGGGUCGCAUGAGCCAAUCCCCACGUCUGCCAGCACACGAUGAGCUGGGGCCCGGCGCGGGCAAAGUGCUGUGCUUUAUCCGAUUUUGGCACAGUGAGCUCAGCACUUUUUUGCAGUUAAAUGCCCCUCUAGUUCUGGUCAUCCCGUGGGGCUGUGCUGGGCCUGCGGGGCAGAGCCAGGGGGACCAAAUGCUGCUUUGUUCCUAUCUGUGAUGCCUUCAGAGCUUAGCAACGGCCUCUAUCCUCAUUUGCUGGGAAAUGCCCAGCUUUGUUCUGCUUUCUUCUUCCUUCUGGACUCAGCUGGUGGGUCCCACUGUCCCACUGGCACCAAACACUCCGAGACUGCCUCAGACUGCUGCGUGCCGGGGACGCUGGCCGCCACUUCCUUCCUCCCCAGGCAGAAGCCCAGCAUCUCCAUGUUCUGCAAAGCCCAGCCCAGCACAGCCCCACUCGUGUGCAACGCUUUGUCCCCAGCUCUACCCUGGGAAUUCCUCUGGUGAAGCUGCUCCCUGCAGCAAUAACCUUUUAUGGUUCCUGGCCAGAGGCGAAUUAAGCAACUGCAAUACCUAAUCUGCUUAAUGUUCCCCUAAACCAAACAGCGUGUGCUCUUGGAAGUGUCAUUUUGUCAUUUCAUCUCCAGCUUCAGCGGAGGAAACGUGAAGGCAGGUGCCUGGCUGUGCCGUGGAGCUGCAGGGCCAUUCCCCAAGCACCGUGCGGUAGCAAGAUGGAACAGCAUCCUUCCAAUAGCCAGGCAGGGCCUUGGGUGCACCCUUCCUGCUGGUAGAGGGGUGACAACAUCCAUCUCAGACACAGGCAUGCUCCCAGCUCCUGUGUGCUCCUUCCUUGUUCACCCUGCCAUAACCUGAUGCUUAAAAAUGUGUUUUCCCCAAUGAGCCCCUCCACUGGAUCCCUAUGCCCAAGUGUUGUUCCAUCAUGAUGGUGGUAGCCCAGGGUCACCAACAGAGGACCUGAAUGCAAGGAGCCCAGAAUCCAACGUGGCUCUCACACAUUGCCUAAAAUGGUGUCCCCCCUGCCGCAGCCACGUGCCGGUGCCCAACGGUCACUGCUGCUGCGCUCACUGCCACUGGCUGCAAACCUGAUUUAUCGUGUGUUGAACAGCAGUGUCUGAAGUGCCCGGGGGGGGCAUGAGCUGUGUGGAGCUGUGGGGGGCAUCAACUGCAGGCCACAUCACAGCCAAAGCCAGAGCUCUGCACGGCACAGGGAAUAUUUUCCAGGCCUCCAAGGAGCUGACUCUGAUCCAGGGACCCACUUCAGAGCUGCAGGAUGGAGCCUGGUGUGGAGCCAGCUUUGGCACAGCCGCGACCCACCCUGCAGGAAAACACCCCUUUGUUUCAGCUCAACCUGCAGGGCUCUGGCCUCUGUCAGGCUGAGCACUCGUCAGCUCUCACAGCUCCAUCUCUGCUUUUCCUGGCCUUGCUCCUCUCUCUGAGGCUGCAAGGGACUGUGAAGGCAGGCAGCCUCUUCCUGCUUCCCUCCUUGUGCUUCUAGAGGAGAAAUAUUUGUCCUCACCUCCUCACACUUCCCCAGCCCUCUGGUUGCUCCCCUUGAUCAGCUUACCCCGAUCUCAAUCAUUUCUGGGUUCAACAGCUUUUGCCAUCCACCAAUGCCUUUGGCUGCUCAGCUUCCCUCGGGGCUGUGUCAGAACAUGCACUGGUUGGCCAGCACGCUGAUUUUUCCUUGCCAUCUGAAGAGGGGAAAUCAGAAGGUGAUAAUAAUGCUCACUGGGUGACCCUUAACCAGCCUUACAGCUAAGGCACUCAAAUAAAACAAUGCCUUAAUGAGCUGUUUUCUCUGCUAUACAACUCAAAGCCCCUUUAAAGAGCUGCACACGUUUAAACACACAAACACUGCUUCACACAGAACAGCUGGUUCCUGCAGCACGCAGCACGAUCCAAACCUCCAGCUUCUCCCUGGCGCUCGCUGCCUUUUGGGCUCUGGCACCAUGCAGUUCUUACUUGCAGGCUGCAUCAUGCAGCAUUAAAGCUUGCAGGAGGAUGCACGGUUUCUUGUUAGGAUCUUCCUCACAGUAACAUUUUUACAAUUCCUUUCCUGCAGUACAUUGGGUUUCUAGCAGUUCCAUGCAUUUCUGUUCCUACUGGAUAGAUAUGGUCACUCACAACCUCUCGCUGUUUUCCCCACGCUUUCAGCCCUGCACUGCAGCCGGCAGCCUGGCCUCUUUCCACUCCCCUCAGCUGUGUGCAUCUCAGAAGAAUAAAAGGCCUCCAUGAGUCAUAUGCAAUGGUUCAGAUGGUGGCUAAGGUUUACACUGUGUCUCGCUGCAUAGGAAUGUGCUGCAGUCAGCUGGGCGAUGUUCUGCGCCGCGCACUGAGGCCAGACCGUGGUUUUGUUUCUCAAUGAGCAUUGGAUGCUGUGCACACACUCAGGCUCAACCCACCCAGUGCUCUGUGUGGGGAACAUCCACGUGGAGAGGACUGAGCCGGCAUCGGGAGAGCCGCGCCUUUCCACUGCCGCAAGGAUGUGGCACUUGGGGAUGGAGGUUGGAGGGAUGGUGGGGAUGGGCCCAUGGUUGGGCUUGAUCUUAGAGGUCUUUUCAAUCUUAAUGAUUCUAUGAUUCCUGGUGCCUGAAGUCCUCCCUUCCUACCGCCCAGUGGUAUCCUUGAGAGCACAAGGAACAAGGGAGCAGAGUGCUUUGUCUGAUGCCACCCCCCUGUGCAGGGCCGACCCUGGCCAUCUCAUGGCACACUGUGAUCCUCUGUGUCUUGCAGGAUCUGACUGCAAGCCGUGCUUACAGGAGCUCACUGACCGCAGUCCCUCUGCUUUGGAGUACCACAGCCCCAAGCGUUUCCUCCCAUCCCUGAUUGCUGAGGAUGACACCUUGUUCACCAGCAUGGCCAAAGAAAAGGAGGAUUCAUCUUCCACAGAGCUGGACGUCCCAGCAGCAGACUUACACAGCAGCACGGAGGAUCUCCUCUCAGACUCCGCUCUGCACGGCACAGAGUAUUACAAAGAUCUGGGGCUUCUGAGCCCGCCAGCUGACAAAACAGCGCCAGAGAUGGCAGCACAACCAGAAGCAGCCCCCCAGGCCGCAUCUGCCAUUUGCUUAUUGGAGGAGAGAUCAGGGGCUCUGGGGAAAAUGUCUGUGGAUGUUGCUUUUUCCAAUCCCAUCUCCUGCUCAGUGCGUUACGGUGAGGCCGACUGCCACUUUCUGAACAAAGCUGCCAGCACUGUUGCAUGUCCUGCAGAAGAAGAUGAAGCUUUGGACCUUCAGGAGGCCUCAGAGUCCUUCCCCACACUGGUGAGAUCCAUGUCUACCUCUAGGAGGCACAGCUGGGAGAGCCCCUUGUCACCUGUGGACUGCAAGCGCAGGUUCAGCUUGGAUACCACAGAGAGAGGCAGUGAUCCAGAGCAGGAGGAGGCAGAGAAAGGGAGUGGGUCCUGCGCACAGCCUCGUGUGUCCCUGCAGCUGCCCAGGGGGAAGCAGGGAGCCUGGAGCAGCAGUGCGGGCAGCAUGGUGAUCAAAGUGCAGAUAGAACCACUGCAACCCAGCGGCACGGCCAGCCUGGGCUCAGGGGAGACGGAACGUGUCAGUGAUGGAAAGAGACUGAGGCCACUGUCCAUCCCUUCAGCCUGCAAGGCUACCUCCCCCCAGGCACCCUGUGGUUUCAAUACUUCUCUUUCAGCCAUGGAAGGUGUUGAACCCCCUGCUCUGGAGAUGCUGGAGAAGGACCAUGUGUCCCCAGACCAAGUGCUAAUAGUACAGCAGGUACUUCAGGAGCUGAAACAGUAUCAUGGGGCAAAAAAGAGAGUUUGUGUGCAAGAAGGCAGUGAUUCUUCCCAGCAGAAUCUCACCUGGUUUGAGUUCCUGUCUAACGAAAAUGAGGACAGUGGAAAGAGUGAGAAAGCAGAGAAAGGCACAAAGGUGAUGCGACGCCUGAGUUCCCUGCGGAGCCGUGUCACUGGGUCCUGGCAGAAGGAUAAGGGUAAGAACAAAGAGCAAUCAAAAGAGAAGGAGAAAGAAACAAAGGAGCCAAAAGAGAGUUGGAAAGAGGUCAAUCGGCACCAGCUUGUGCCAGGGGUUUUCUCCAGUGGCACCAGCUGCUCGCUGUGUGCCAAACCUCUCGGGAAUAAAAGUGGUCUGCAGUGCCUGAAUUGUGCAGUGAAUGUCCAUAAGAACUGCAGGAGUUUGCUGGCUGAAUGCAGCAGCAUCAGAACCAAGCAGAAAGAUUUGCAGCACAGACCUUCUGGACCUGCACAAAGUUCGUCCCAGUGCAUUUCCCCAGCCGCUUCCUUGAAGGAGCAGCCCCGAAGCCUUCUCCUGGGGCCAGAUGGCACCCCAGCACUGCCGCGGAACCUCGGCAUGACUAUCACCCAAAGAGGAAAUUCUCCAUCUUCACUGAAUACUGCAGGAGCCGUUAGCAAAUUUGGACUAAUUUCAGGAGACAUGGAUGAAGGGGAUUCAGGAUUUAUAAAGUUUAAGCAGACCUCAGAUGAUGUUGUCUCACUUGCACCUUCAACAGCAGACUGCAUUUUUCUGGAAGAUGCAUAUUCUCUAUCCCUCCGAAGUGAAAUAGAAACAGACGCUCAUGAGUUUGAGGCAGAGUCUUGGAGUGUUGCAGUGGAACAGUCUUAUGCAAAGAAGCAAAAGAAAGAAGUUGUAAAAAGGCAGGAUGUCAUUUAUGAACUAAUGCAGACUGAAAUGCACCAUGUUAGAACACUGAAAAUAAUGCUGAAGGUGUACUCUAAAGCCAUGAAGGAGGAACUGCAGUUCUCAAAUGCAGUCAUCAACAAGCUGUUCCCCUGUGUGGAUGAGCUGCUGGAGAUGCAUGGGCAAUUCCUGCUCCAGUUAAAGGAGCGACGAAAGGAGUCCUUGGAAGAAGGCAGUGACCGAAAUUAUAUAAUCCAGAACAUUGGAGACCUCUUGGUAAAACAGUUCUCAGGUGAAAAUGGGGAGAGAAUGAAAGAAAAAUACGGUGUGUUCUGUUCUGGACAUAAUGAAGCUGUUAGUCACUAUAAAGACCUGCUCCAAAGCCACAAGAAGUUCCAAAACUUAAUAAAGAAAAUUGGCAACUGUUCCAUUGUGAGGAGACUUGGUGUUCAGGAGUGCAUCCUUCUGGUUACGCAGCGCAUCACCAAAUACCCGGUCCUGGUGGAACGUAUUAUUCAGAAUACAGAAGUUGGAACUAAGGAUUAUGAAGAUCUGAGCCAUGCCCUUAAUUUAAUUAAGCAUACAAUCACUCAUGUAGAUGCCAUAGUAAAUGAGUGUGAGAAGGGGCAGCGCCUUAAAGAGAUUAUGCAUAAAAUGGAGCUAAAAUCAUCUGGGAAAUGCAAGAAUGGGCUUUUCUUCCGAAAGGAUGACAUGGGACAGAGGCGGCUUCUGCUGGAUGGGAUGCUGUACUGGAAAGCUGCAUCAGGACGGCUCAAAGAUGUUUUGGCAGUCCUGUUAAAUGAUGUACUGUUGCUCUUACAAGAAAAGGACCAAAAAUAUAUGUUUGUAUCAGUGGAUUCUAAACCACCAGUUAUCUCGCUGCAAAAGCUGAUUGUAAGAGAGGUAGCUAAUGAGGAAAAGGCAAUGUUCUUAAUUAGUGCUUCCUUAGAAGGACCGGAAAUGUACGAAAUUCACACAAGCUCAAAAGAAGAGAGGAAUUCCUGGAUGGCUCACAUCCGCAGAGCUGUGGAAAGCUGUCCUGAUGAAGAAGGUGGAUCAUUUUAUGAACCUGAAGCAGAAAGGAGACUGGCUGAAGCAAGAGCAGCGAAGUUAAGAGAAUUCCAAGAGCGUUUGAACAUAAAAGAUGACCUGAUUGUACAAAGUCUAACUGAGAAACAACAGAUUUAUCAAGAAAUGUCUGAACUGUAUGGAUUUGAAGACCAUUCCCAAGGAUCCCAAUCUAGGCUGCUACUUCUGGGGGAUAUCCCAGAAAGUCUGCAAGGAGAGGCACUUCUGAAGUCUGCAGUAGUAGAAGCUGAAAAUCUCCAGAACCUUAUCUUCACUCACUUAGGAAAUGGAUCCUGUCAGUCUGAAGAGAGCUACGCAGUGGGGCUCCCCAGGAGAGCAGAGACCUUUGGAGGAUAUGACAGUCCCUCAAUUUCAAAUAAAAAUAACAGUCUUGAGAAGAACAGUGGUAGUGACCAGAGACAGUGGGACUGUAGAGGCCCUGCAGUAAGUUCAGAUGUACAGCUCCCAGACCUCCCAUUUGAUGCAGAAGAAGGAUCUCAAACUAGCAAUACAGUGAGGCAGGAUGACAGCAGUGGUGUUCAGCCCACCGUAGAGUCUCAGCUUGUCCAAAGAAUACAAACAUUGCUACAGUUGCUCUUCAGUCUUCAGGCAGUGAUAUCUCAACAAGACAGCUACAUUGAGCUGCAGCGAGCCACAAUGGUGGACAGGGAGAAGCAGUAUCGGCUGCAGUCAACGCGUGGCAACCUGCUGCUAGAGCAGGAGAAACAGCGUAACUUUGAGAAACAGAGAGAGGAACUGAUGCAUGUCCAAAAACUUCAGAGCCAGCUGAAGCUGGAGCAGCAGCGCUGGGAGCGGGAGAGGAGUCAGCAGCAGAGGGAACUGGAAAUCUCGGAAGCCCAUCUGCAGAGGCGUGAGGAGGAGACACGGCUACUGAAAGAUAAGUUGAUUCAGGAUAGAGAGGAACUGGAGAGGCAACGUGAGGCCUAUCAGCACGACCUGGAGAGGCUGCGGGAAGCUCAGAGAGCAGUUGAGAAGGAGAGAGAACGUCUAGAUCAGCUAAGGAAGCUGAAAAAGCAGAACACGGUGUCGGGCACCUUCUCCCCAGAACUGGGACAAAACCCUAUGCAAAGUCAUUCUGUUAGCUUCAAUGGAGAAGGAGGAGAACCAUCUCCGCCAGUCUUGAAAGCCUCUGCACGUGUGAGUGUCUCUGGGAUGGAUUACUUGGAGCGCUCGGAGCUGGUUCGCAGGGACAGCACCGCCCUGGAGGGCCGCCCAGUCCUUGCUCUGAAGAAUGAAGUGCCAAUCCAUCUCCUGAGUGCAACUAACCAGAUACAGAAACCCGCUGCUGUUCAGCAGCAGAUCCCUACUAAACUUGCCACUUUUACAAAAGGAAGCAAAGAGAAAAGUGGGAAGAACAAAGCAUCUCAUAGGACAGACAGCUCAGCAUCUGUUGACCAGAAGCAGCUGAUUCCCCCCAGGCUUGUUGGCCGAGAGGAGGGUGUCCUCAGAGGCAGACGAUCAGCAAGCCCAGUCCUCACGAGCAGCCAGACCACUGUGUUCCAGACAGAAAUACAUGGCUCUGCAGAUGGUCAGCCAGAAGCACUUUCUUCUGCCUCUCCAAACCUGUUCAAACCCAAUAACGCUCACGCUCAGACCCUGCUGACCUCACAGCCAACUCUUUUAAACAUGCAAGAUGAUACCAGCAAAGAAGAUGUAAUUUUUUUCUAACUGUUUCCAUUUAAAGAUUACUCUUCUCACAUACUGUUUCAAGAACUCAGGCUCCGGUGUUCAAUGUGACAGAGACUUGACAUGGGUGUCUUUUUAUUCCUGCCUCAUUAAUACUAGCAAGGACCAGCCCAGGAUUGUAGUUUUACUUUGGCUUCUUUGCCAGCAGCUCAAAAUGAGGGCACAAUGGUAAUGAUUUGCUUUUAAACUCUCAGACCAUGGAAAUGUGUUGAUGCGUGGCAUGGGUAUGUAAAUUCAGAGCAUGUUAAAAUGCUGCCAUUUACUGCAAUUUGCUCUCUUUGGUGUAUUACACUCUUUGUGAGCACCAUCUUGUAAAUUGUUGUAGUUGAUGUUGAAUCUUUCAGAUCUGUAUGUAAAAAAUUUUAAUUGUAAGCCUCCAGAUGGCUGAGAAUUUUUAAAAUCCAUAUUCACAGGUGCAAGGUUGCUCUCGUGGGUUAUGCUAACUCCGUUAAGUAACUGACUAGCAAAGCAGUCUCUGUAGAGCCACACAUGAUAAACAUUGUGAUACCAACUCACAGGAGCCAGUCUGGCAUCUGUUUCUUUACUUGACUCAAUGGAGUUACGUGCUCAGUGGUAGAAAAGGCAAGGUAAGCUUCUGAACAGCCUUCGAGGUUCAAGAGCUCCACCUGUUUGUGGAUGAGGAGAGCUGAACGUGUGAGAAUAUACAGCGGUGUGAAGAGUUGGACUAAAUGCACAUUUGUUUGGCCAUCAGCUUGUGCCAGGAUGCCCGGCUCCUUGUGGACAUCGAGCAGCUCUCCAUGUCAGUGAGGGCAGUACAGAUUCCUCAGCAAAACUAUGAAUUGGUUCAGAAGGAACUGCAGAGAUGUGUUCCUUGCUGGAAGGUGUGUAAGAAGUGUUUGAACGCAGUAACUGUUUUGUUUCAUCCCAAGUCUUCUGCAUCUUUUAUUUGUCUGCUGAAUUCCUUGGACUUUACUCCAAGUAUCAUAAGAUAACAAAGCUGCUGUUACUGCGGAGAUUCCUCUGCAGCAGUUUGAGAAAUGAAGGGAAUGAACUGUUUGGGUUUCAAAAAAAAGUGCUAUUAGCUGAACCUCUGUUGGCUUGGCUGCUUACAGCUAAACCAGCUUUUGAUACCUCUUGUAAAAUGGGUCAGUUCUUAAUCAUGGAAUGAUAGAGUUAACAGAGCUCUGCUCAAAAGGCAUUAUUUCUUUGUAGUAGUUUGCACAGUCAUUGGUUGUGUUCUGUCACUUUACUCUGCAUCUCAGUUCUUUAUUACUUGCAUUACCUGAGGACGCGUAUUCCAGUGUGUUGGAUGUGACCAGUCAGAUGUAUUGCACACAGGAGAAAUUGUUUAGAGGGGUUUAGUACAGGAUUACAGAAAUUGGUCUCAGAGCCUAAAAAAACCAGUGAAUAUCUUCCAGAAUGUGAUUGACACUUCUUGCUAAGUGAUGUUAGUAAAACCCUGAAGGCACUGAGUUCGGUCACAGUGUCACCUAUGAGAGGAAACUCAGAAUAACCUACAUGUUACCAGACUGCUGAUACCCCCACUGCCCCAACUAAUUGUUCCUGUUAAUGAGGGCACGCCUUGCAUUGGUACUGAAGUGGUGCUUGGUGAGAGCUGAGCCUCGCAGAGCUUCACACAUUAUUGAUGUUGGAUUUGCAGAAAACUGUAUGGGCGACGUAAUCACCUUUCAUUGUUGUAAUGCUAUGUUGAUGGUUAGAACAUAUUUCUCAUUGUUUUUGCAUUCCUGAAACUUGGGUUGAAAUAGUGGGAAUAUCUUAAAAUCAGUGUAACCUCUCAUUGAUUCAGCACCUCUGUAGGAGAGAUCCUUCAGCUGGAGGAUGCAGAGACUGCCAUCAUCUCUGGUAUCUGUAUAAUUUCUUCUGUCAACACACAGCAAAGCAGCAGGAAUGUGCAGUAUGUUCCCUCUGUGCUGUGGUUUGGACCACUCCUAGAGAAAACCCCCACUGCCCUAAAUUAGCAGUUCUAUUGGAGCCUUAACCUAAGCUGAGUUGGAUCAGCAGACAAAACCACCUCAGCUGAGGAGGGAGGCCUCUGUUUAGCAAUUUUAAAACAAUUUUUAGAAACGUGUAUUUGGUUUAAUUAUGUGCCUGUCCUAAUGUAUGGGAGAGAGCUGUGUGGAUCAGAGAGAUCUAUUUGGAACUUUUCUCCUUCCUCCAUGCAGUGAACAAAGUCAGGCUUGGACAGUGCAGUCUGGAAAACAAAAUCUGCAGUGAGAUCCCAUUUAUUUCAAUAUGUUAUGACUUGAAAUAAAACUAUCUGAACAUUGUCAGCAGUGCUGCAGCUGCAUUACAGCUCUUAGCAAAGGAACACCUGACCCUGACAGGCUGGGCUGCUGGUUCAGCACCCUGAGUGCUCCUUGGGAUAUUGGUCUUCAGUCUGUAACAAACCUGAAGGUGAUCUCUGUUCCCUGGCUGCAGUUGGUUCUGUGAAAGCCACAUUCACCACAAACAGAAGUUGUAUCACCUCAAAAUCAUUCAUGUGCCAUACGAGGGGUUUGUGUGAUUUCCUGUGCGGCACCAGCAAGGAUGAGGUGUCAGUAUCUCAUUGCUGGCGUGGAGUGCACUGUACCCAGGGUAUGGUGGAAUUGUCUGUAAAUGCUGAGGGAAGUGAGGGAAAUAUUUCUUCUGAGUGAAGAAUGGGGCACGGCUUCACUUCUGCAAAACUGAAUCUGUGGAACUGCUGUUACGUCCCUGCAGCUGGAUGCACCACUUUGGGAUUCCCCUCAAAUCUCACUUGCAGAAAAAGGGUUUUUCUAAGCAGGUAAUACUGCAGAAUGCUGCUGUACCCCAGGCUGGGUGACCUGCUGCUGGUUGUGAGUAACCUCAUUUCCAUUGACUUUGGGUUACUUCAGAUAAGAGUUUCCUUUGAAGUGACAUCAGAGGAUCAGGCAGCUCAGAGCUCUGUGCCUCCUGGACGAGGUGCCCAGCAGGAGCUGUGUGCUGCCUUCCUUGUUGUCACAGCCCUAACGUCGUCCUGUCUGGGCACUGUGGUUGCAGUGCAGAGACUUGGAAUGGCUUUAUUCUCUAUUCUAACCCCGGUGCAGAGGAUGCUUCCUCCUUCCCUCCAGUUUGGACGGCUGUCACUUUGUGUUUCAGACUGAGGACCCCUCCAUACCCACUGGUACUGAGAACAUCUGUAUUGGAAAUGCCUUCGAGCCUUUACCCGCACUGUCUGUAGGUUGUAGCUGUGCCUUGUCCUGUAAAUGGAGGUCACUGGUGGCUUCUCAGGGUGAGGCAGAAGAAUCCCCAUUCCUAGAGAGUGGUGUUCCUGCAGAGCUGGGAGUGACUCAGUAAGCACGGGCUGUUCUGUCUGUGUGAGCAUCGCUCAGAUGAGCUGAACGACGGCACUGAGCGCCUCUGUGCUCGUUUUCAGCGAAGGCUGAAACUCAGGCUAGGGGAGGUGUGAGGCACGCAGUUGGUUUUGUUUCUGCUUCCAAUCCUCCAGAAGAGCUCUGCAGUGCUGUGCUGCGUCCCCAUGUUGGGGAGUGGGAGCAGUUUCGUUGCCUUGCCUGGCAGUGCUCACAUACAGGGCAGGAUGCAGAUGCUGGGUUACACUCCUGCUGUUCCUGCCUGAGCUCACUGCACUGUUAGUGCUGAGUGUGGUUGUUCUGCGUUCUGAUUUGGAGAGGAUCCCCCUUCCUUCCAAGGCCGGACCAACACCCUUGCAAUGAGUGGUGACUGGGAUCCACCAGCAGCUCGUGGUGCUGCUCUGCGUUGUGCCACGUUUACAAACCAGCUUUUCGAUAUUUUUGUACUGAGAGAAAUUGGAGCACUUUAGGAAAGCUUUUCAGACCCCGUUUGUGUUCGUAGGUGGGAGGAGAUGUGGGGGGCAGUGGGUCCUGGUGGCACUGCUGUGCGCCUCGCUCGGAGCUGUGAGUUCCCCCAGUUCAGUUUAGCUCUGGUUCCUGGGCCCACCUUGCACUGAAAGCAUUGAAUAAACCAUCGCAGUUGGUGGUUAAUCGGCCGUUUGGUUGGGAUGUAAACUUUGUAAAUAGUUCAUUCGAUGUUGAGACUGCGGUAGCAAAGCCUUUGUAGUCUUGUUUUAUUUGUAAAGAUGAUGGAUAAAUGUUAAUGUUCUGCUGAAUUGUGCACUCCUGGUUAAUUGUACACUUCAUCCUAGCGCACCAAAUGAUUUUUACAACGACUGCAAUGUUUCUCCACUGAAGGAUUUCAAAGCUGCAAUAGGACUGAAACCAACUUCUAGCAAUAAAAAAAAAUAAAAAGUAAACAAGUGA